ACCGUCUUCGGCAAACUUCGUCAUUUGUCGUGAAACCGAGACUCGGUCAAGGAUGGAGGAAGAGGCUCGCAAGCUUUUCGAGGAAGGAAUAAGAAAGAAACUGGUCAGUCCGGGUAAAGGAGAGACGUUGAGCUUCCCCAAUGGGACCAAGGUGGUCUUCCACUACCGCACCAGCCUGUGUGAUGGCACAGUGCUGGAUGACUCCAGGACCAUGGGAGGCCAGAGCAAACCCAUGGAGCUCAUCCUGGGCAAGAAGUUUAAACUAGCUGUGUGGGAGAGAGUGAUCAUCACCAUGAAAGAGAAAGAGGUUUCAGAAUUUACCUGCGACACUAAGCACACAGCACUGUACCCGCUCGUCUCCCAGUCCCUGAGAAACAUUAGCGCUGGCAAGGACCCACUGGAAGGCCAGAGGCAUUGCUGUGGUAUUGCUCAAAUUCACUCCCACCACUCACUAGGACACAAAGAUUUGGAUCAGCUCCAGGCCAGUCCGCAGCCUCUCGUUUUCACCAUUGAUCUGCUGGAGGUUCUUCCUCCAGGGUCGUUCCAGCUUGAUGUCUGGGCUAUGACAGAUGAAGAGAAACUCCAGCUCGUGCCUCAGAUCCACGAGGAGGGCAACCUGCUUUUCAAACAGGGCAAAAUUAAGGAGGCCACAGACAAGUACUACAAUGGCAUCGCCUGCCUCAAAAAUCUACAGAUGAAGGAGCAUCCUGGAGAUGAAGCCUGGGUAAAGUUGGACCUUAUGAUCACACCACUGCUCCUCAACUAUUGCCAGUGCAAGCUACUCCAGGGCCAGUACUAUGAAGUCAUCGAACACUGCACAUCUGUGAUCUUCAAAUAUGAGGACAAUGUGAAGGCCUUCUACAAGCGAGCUAAAGCCCACGCAGCAGUUUGGAACGAGACAGAAGCACGGGCAGACUUUGCUAAGGUGCUGGACCUGGACCCUUCUCUGGAACAGUCUGUUGCUAAGGAACUAAGGGCUAUGGAGGAGAGGAUCCGCUCCAAAGAAAAAGAGGAAAAGGGUCGCUACAAGGGCCUAUUCAGCCCGCCACCUGCCACAGCCACUACAGGUUGAAUGGAUGGAACAAAGAAAGGGAUGCCUGUGAAUUUCAAGAUGGAGGAGAAACAGUGGACAAUGCUGGUGUUUUUUUUGUUUUUUUUUCAGCAAUCAAGCCAAAUCAAUCUGCAACCCUGCGCUCCAUGGUAUACAGAGACGCAUUUUCACACACAGUCAGGUCGAUCACACACAAGCCCAACCACAAGUCACGCGUAUACGUACCAAAGUGUGAUUUUGAAUUCCUGCCUUAUUCCUCUCUCUCUCUCUCUCUCUAAAUGUAAAACUCUCUAAUUAAGAAAUGCUGACUUUAAUGUAAGCCCAGAAGCCCAUAGAUCCAGCAUCCCUUGGGUCUGUCCUGUGACUUAGCAGCAUCAUUUAUUCAUAGCGUUGUGGUUUUUUCCACCUAAGGGAGCUCUCGCUUCCACUUCCUUCCUCAGCCUGUCACAGUUUCAAAAGGCAUUCUUGGUAAAUAACCCACUCACUGUAAUGGCCCACAGGCUGAAUGAUCCCCUUCCCCAAUGUCUUUUUUCAUUUAAUGAUGAAUUUGUCUGCUGUUUGGGGGAAUGUGUCACUGUAUAUCAAUUUAUCUAAAAAAAUACUUGCCACAGUAUUUUAUGUUCUAUAGCUUUCUCUGAAAUAUGAGCUGUUGGAUCCUAAACAUUAUUCAUUGUUGCCCAACAAGGAGAGAUUUUUUAAAAUCUGGACAGAAACACUUCAUAAACAAGAUUUUUUUUGCACAAAGUACAUCAUGCACUCGCAUGCACACCUCUGCCUUUGCACCACCAGACCCGCCCACCCCUCUUCUCUAUCAUGGUCACAGGGGACGCACUGGAAUAAGCAGGAGACAAUUAUCUCCCACUUAGAUGCGACUGGGAUACCGAGCAGUCUGUGACAAUCAUGUAAAACACGCGGACUUGUUAUCUUUUGCUUUCUUCUAUGUACUUAUUUCAUAUACUAAAAAAAAAAACUACCAUUACCUUGUUUUUGUCGAGAUGUAUUCAGCAGAGCCCUCGAUAUGUCUUUCACUUGCUUAAAAACAUUGAUGUGAGGCAGCGGGUCAGUGUCUGAAGUGAAAUGUUAUUGAGGUUGUGAUUAUAUACCUGAAAAUAAAUAUGUUUAUCCCCA